ACAGUGGGGAAUAUGCUCUCAUAAUCUCUGGUUUUCCAGAUUUUGAAUUCAGUCUGUUCCUCUGGAUUUCAGUGAAACAAAAAGUCUUAAUCUUUAAGUGAACUUUAAUUCAGCAUCUGAUUCUAGCUAGAGAUCUGUAAAUGAGGCUUACUUUAAAGAACAUCACAAAACAUAACAAAAAUGUGGACAUCAGCUUUGUUUAAUGUAUGUGUACUCCUUUUUGUUUUGCUUUAAAUCUGAGAACUUUGUCUUCAUUUCCUGUCGUGUUUUGAAUUCCUGAAACAGAACAAAGUAAUUACACACAAUUUGAAGUAGCUGCCUUGAAGUUAAUCUUAUUCUUGGGGGUGAAGGAUGCCAGUUCCAGCUCCUGAGAUGUGGAAGGGUAGUCUUCUGAGCUCUAGGUGACCUCCGACUGGUCACCCAGCUCCGCUUGCCUGUUUCCUCAUCUGUAGACAGAGUCUAACACUCCUUGCCUUUCCUAACUCUGUUUCCCAGCUCAUGAAAUGCUCGUUAGGCAUGAUUUCUUGUUGCUGAAAGGGCUGGGCUUCAACAUUGUUGGUGGGACAGAUCAGCAGUACAUUUCCAAUGACAGCAGCAUCUAUGUCAGCCGGAUCAAAAAGGAUGGGGCAGCUUACCUUGAUGGCCGGUUACAAGAAGGAGAUAAAAUUUUAGCGGUCAAUGGCAGAGACUUGAAGGAUUUGCAGCACAAGGAUGCUGUGGAACUGUUCAGGAAUGCAGGCUGUGACGUGUCUCUGAAGAUUCAGCGCAGGUUGCAGCCACAAAAUGGCCCUGUGGGUCAUCGGAGCGAUGGAGAAUCAGGUGGGCUUCCUCUAGCAGCCAUUCUUGUGCCAGGCCUGGCGCUUGCUGCAGCAGCAGUCUGGAUCUUGCUGAGGUAUCGACAGAGGAUGUGAAGAGUUCACGUUUCGGAUAUCACUGCGUAUUUUACACAGCGAUUAUGUAAUUUAAAGAUAGAGAAUCAACGAUCUUAUCACAGACUGAUGUCAGAAAGGAUCAUUGCCUAUCAUAAAGCUGCUGCUGAUGUUCUUUAUAUAUUGAUUUUGUUGCAGGGUGGAUGGAAGCAGAGAGGAAAAGGGGAAGGGCGGUGACUGUGUUUAUGUAUAGAGUGGGAUAGCUGGUUUUUUGACUAAUCUGAGGAGGUUUUGCCAUCCUCCUCUGUUUUGCACCAUGAACUUUGAAACACUCAUCUAUACCAUGUUUUAAGAUGUGACUUUUGGUUAAAGGGAGUAGGGGUUGGGGUGGUUUUAAAUCAAAAAUAUUUACUACAGGCUUUGCCUUGUUUCCACUGAAUUUUUCUUGAAACUAAUGAUCCCUGUCUGAACCAUGAAUAAAAAGAAGCAAUGCAGAGGGUAUAUUAUUUUUUCCAUUGAAUUUUUGUUGGUUGUUGCUAAUUAAAUGCCUUAAGAAAAAUGUCUAAAACAUAAUCUGUGGUUUCACAGGUAAAGUCAUCAGUGUAGCUGCUGAUUUAACAGUAGUAUACACAGUGUUGGUGAGUUAUUCUACCAGUUCUGGAAAGACAAAAGAUAGCCUGCUGCUAGAAAAAGACUUUGUCAGAAUGAUUGCUCAUUCUUGGGUCAGAGUUGUAAAAGAAAGCUUUCCACAAUAUGCUAGCAUACUUGGAGAGAGACAGGCAGACAACUGAAUCACAAGGAUGAGCACUGGCAAGAGAUCUGGGCAUGCUAAGGCUACAGAAGAGUCUUUAAAUUAGUAAUGAAGCAAUAAUCCCUCCAGUCAUCAAGUGGGUUGAAGUCUGCAUCUCUCAGGUUAAAGGUCUGUUUUGGGGGUUAUUUUUUUGUGUGAGGACUAUUUUAGAUACAAGUUUUCUGUAGCAGCUAACUUGCUGUCUGCAGUCACAAAAUCUUAGGAUGAUUGAAAGGGAGAAGCCGAGAGCAGGCUGGGAUUGUCCUGGCUUGUUCUUGUUUGUGAAGACUGAUGUGAUGUUCAGGAGACAGGCUGGCAGGUGUAAGGCAGGGUGUAAGGCUUAGUGUGUAAAACCAAAGGGAGAGACCCUGGCUCUGGAAAGCAUGUUGCAGAAUUUACCUGCAGGGUCUCAUCUCCUCACUGUGAUUUGAAUGGUUUUAAAUGCCUCAGCUGACAUGAGCUCUGUGGGGUAAAACCUCCUUCUCUUGUCUCCAAGAAAUCAAUGUGUUUUGUUGUUUUUGUAAAAGAAAAGCAAAAUGCAUAGUCUGUUCUGUAUGAUGCCAAAAAAA